CUGAUGUCGCUGUCACCACUACGCCUAUAUCUUCAUCCCGAGGGACUGGCUUGGGAGGGAUUCAGUUCUUACAUGCAUAAGAAGCCCCAGAGAAGUGUAACUGUUCAAGAGUUUCAGCAGUUGAUUGCCGACACAGGAGGUCAGGACAUAUCAUCUGCAGCAAUGGCUCAGUUAGAGGAGGCAAUUGUUAGAGCCAUGUUUAUGUUGGAGUCAACCGCCAACCAGAGAAAAACUGGAAACAACUGUCAAAGUUGUUUCCAACUGCUAGAAGUUACCAUGGUGUUUAAUACUACUUUUCAUCCAUUCUUACUGCAGGUGAAACCUUAUGCCCAUAAAGGCAAAAUGGCGUCCUUGAAUGAAUACGUUGUAAGACAGAGAAUCCUGGAAGACUUGGCUGUUAUGUUGGUUUCCAAGGAAACGGUUGUUGGGGAUGUUGCUAUGGGACUCGGAGAACUUGGUCUAACAUUUCCAACUCAGAAUGGAUUGUGCAAUUUUGAUGAAAGUUUUUGUCUAUCCAAUGAUCAGCUUUUGUACUCGCUGGACAAUCGUAGAGAAUUCUUCAAAAAGGGAAAUUUUAUUAAGCUUUAUCCAUCCACGUCUGCAGUGAAGUAUACGAGUCUUCUCCAGACGAUGUAUCCCGUAUCUAGGGGCGUGACAGGACUAGCUGCCACGCCUGCACAAACCGGUGGCCACACAACAUCAACAGCUGAUCUACAUUCCUACCUUCUUAGUCUGGAGAGUUUCUAUGCUGAUCUCGACAAAGAAGACACAGUACUGUCAUAUGAUGACAUGAACAUUCCGAUUGAUUUUGAAGUCGUCCCAAAUAUCAACAGUUCCAGUUUGCAUAAUUCAAAACGCCAGAGUAUUUCUCAUGUACCAGGGCAAAUAAAAGUUCACUGUGAUAAAGAUCCUGCCAGUAUGCCAUACCUGAAGAAUCUUUACAUUAACCCAAAGUCGACCCUUAGUCCCGAGUUCUCUCCCUUUAUGACAGAGUACCACAUCACUGUGGAUUAUGAUGUUUUACAUAUUGCUGUGUGGGCAUUUGCUAAAAGCUGUUCAUCUCAAGCAAGGAUGGAAGAUAAGCAUGGAGUUAGCAGAGUUGGUAAUUUUACCGUGGGUAUUGGUGAGAACCGAAUCAGCGUGGUAGUGGUUGACAUGAGCUACGCGGAGCCAUGGGUGCUGAACACGUACACACUGGUGAUACAGAGACUCGCACCAGACUACCAGCUGACCUCAUUGCUGCCGGGACUUCCACACCAGGUCUGCAGUCUCAAACAGGUGAGGCACUCCAAAACAAGGGUGCAAAACGUGACUGUUGUCGACCUUAAGUCAUGGGGCACAUGGUUGGGAUGGGUUGGGGGAAACAGACAAUGGAUGCACCAAAGGUAUAUUAGUCUUACACCUGAUGAUUUAUCCAUUAUGCCACCGAGGCUGGUGUAUUUCACAUUGAAUGAUCUUAUAUUGAUAAAUAAAAACUAUGAUAUGGUGCCUACAACAAAUGUAAUGUUUCAUUUUCUACAGGACUGUGCUCUGCGGUUUGCACCACGAGAGUCGUGUGGUCUGCAGGUUAUUGGUCCUACUGUCAGCUGGUCCAAGUUCCUAGAGAAAUCCUCCUCAUUACCACAGUGUCGGGCAGGAGAUGAAUCAGGCAAAUGGUAUGUUCCAUGCAAGAGUUGUACAGAUACCCACAGUUGCUAUUGGCAGCAAGCUAUAUGGCAACCAGAUGGAUGUCGGUAUCAAUGGCUGCCAAGGGGAAAAGUUAAACAGUGUUUUGCUGGCAAAAAGGUUUUAUUUAUUGGUGAUUCCACCAACCGCGGGAUCCUGCACUACAUCAUGGAGCAGGUGAACGGGUCGUUACACGAGUGGGACAAGACGCACCACCUGCGUGUGUACUCCAUGCUCAACCACAAUCACACCGCCUUCAGCUUUGCAUAUUACCCACAGUUCUGGUUACCCGCAGAACAUAGGCCAGUCCUCGACAAAGCUUUGUAUCAGCUGAUCAAGAAGAAUAAACCACUGCAGAACAACAGUAACACAGUGUUAGUUGUAGGUGGCGUACACUGGCUGGCUAAACACCACAUUGACGUGGUUCUCAAGGCUCUUAACAGGCAAGGUUUAACUGGAAUCCGUCUGGUGGUGAAAGGUUUAGGUUCUGGCUUCCAUCAACCUGUCAGUGGAGUCCAUUGUCUGUCCAAGAAAGAUCACCAGCGCCUGUUGUCACACAACCUGGCUACCCUGAGAUACGCCAAGACCAAUGGAUUUAGUGUCAUUGAUACAUACAACAUGACAAUGGCCAGAUACAAAGACUUUCUGCAGGGGAAAUGUGCUUGUCAUUUUCAUAGGGUGACAAUGACUAAGAAAGAAAAUGUUAAGAAAUCUGUAGGCUCUAAGAGAUUGGUCAAAGCUGUGUCCACUGGAUCUGAGGCCGUCUAUCACGUAGAAGGGGAGAUAAAUGCAGCCUACUCUGAGAUGAUGAUUAGUCAGAUCUGCAGAGGUUCCUAACAGGACCAGUCAAGUCAUCUCUAUCAAGGUGUGUUCUCAAACAACUGACCAAGCUGUGAAACCGAGAGCUGUGAAUGAAAGAUGGAAUGAUAAAGAUUCCUGUAACACUGCAUUCAGUACGAAUGAUUCUAAGAGAAUGUCUGUGUUCUGAAACAACCAUACUCUCCAUGGAAAUAAGAGCUGUGAUUGAGAGUAGGAAUGACAGAGAUUUCUGUAAUUUAGAUUCAGCUAGAGUAAUUCAGUGGAUGUUUGUUCAUGGACAACCAAAAAACCCAAAAAACCCCAUGAAAGCAAGAGCUGUGACUGAAAGUUAGAAUGAUGAAGAUAAGCUUGAGAUUCAUUUAACUGGGAAUUAGUAAGAGUGAUUCAGUGGCAAGUGUCUCCAUACACAUGUCAACUGUUUUUUAUCCCAAGAUAUCCUGAUUGGAAUAAUUAUGGAUGUCCGUUCCAUCAUUCAUGAGAUAGAAAUAAAUUGAUAAUAAUUCCUCAUAAAUCCUAAAAUAAUGACAUGAGUAGAAUGUUUGGAAGAAGGUGCAAUGUGUGGGGGUUUUUCAUGGGAUAGAAAGAAAAUCUUUAAAUCCUAACAGAUGAUUAGAAUGUUUGAAGAAGGUGCAAAUACCAAAUGCGAUAUAGACUGACAAGAAGCAGAUAUCAUUAGUAUAGUGUACAAUGUGUGUUCACAAGUCUGGCUGCAUAUUGAUUUGUGGAGUUUAAUAACAACUGGACAUACUGUUUGUACUCCUAAAUUACAGGAACAAAUGUCCAAAAAUAUUUUUUUUUAAAGGAUCAGAAGUAGUAUGUGUGCAAUGAAUGUUCAUAUUUACACAUUUGUUUGUGCUGACUGGUGGUAACCAAGCUUGAGAUCCAUAUUUACACAUUUGUUUGUGCUGACUGGUGGUAACCAAGCUUGAGAUCCAUAUUUACACAUUUAUUUGUGCUGACUGGUGGUAACCAAGCAUGAGAUCCAUACACUUAAACUACAGGAAGUGACUGUCAAAAAUAGACUGGUGUGAAACCAAUCAUACUGGUGUAUGUGCAGGGAGUGCUAACAUAUAUUUUUGUAAUCAGAUAGUCAUGCAAUUAAACUACACAACAUGACUACCCGGAGAAAACAGACUUUCCAAACAAACUACAAUAAGUGACUAUCCAUGGAUAGUAGACUAGCAAGAACCAACAGUCUAUGGAAAACAAAACUAAAAGAACAAACUGUUCAUGGAAAAUGACUAACAAAAAACCUGACACAUGUUUGAAUAUGUGAAAUACAAAAUCAAGAAGUCUUAACAAUUGUACUUGAUGGAAACGCAUGAAUAGUGCUUUUAAACAGGAUGGUGUUAUAUCUUGGAAAGACCAUGAUGAUGGUUUGAAGUUUAAUACAUUUGAAAAUUAAACCAUUGGAUUCUG